AUGAGUGAGGAAGAGCUUAAAAUGAAAGCUUUAAAAGAUUUGCAAAAAGCCAAAGAUCCUGUGGAACGAUUGCGCCUUCAAUGUUUAAUACGUGGAAAUGCUGGAAUAAAAUCUUUGGGAAGAUCAUUUCGUAUUAUGGAUGAUAAUGGCAGUCGUACGUUAGAUUUUGAAGAAUUCCAGAAAGGUUUACAUGAUUUUGAUGUGAAAUCAACUAGUGAAGAAAUUCAGGAGGUAUUCAAAAAAUUUGAUAAAGACAAUUCCGGUACUAUCGAUUUCGAUGAAUUUCUCUUGUCACUUAGACCACCAUUGUCGAAAACUCGUCUAGCACUUAUAGAUGCAGCAUUCAAUAAAUUGGACAAAACCGGAGAUGGCGUAAUUACAGUAGACGACAUGAAAGGAGUUUACUAUGCCGAACGACAUCCAAAGUACAUAUCCGGUGAGAAGACUCGUGAGGAUAUCUUCAAUCAAUUUCUCAGCAAUUUCGAAAUGAAAGGACAUGUUGAUGGGAAGGUGACAAAAGAAGAAUUUUUGAAUUACUAUUGUGGUGUAUCAGCUUCUAUUGAUAAUGAUGCUUAUUUUGAUUUGAUGAUGCGAAAUGCUUGGAAACUUUGA